AUGUGGAUGACUUCGGGCUGGAGUCGACGAGUUGAUCCAGUGAUGUGGCGUUUGGAAGUCUCGGACGACAACUCGACCUGGACGCUGGCAGAUCUUCGCAGCACUACGCAGCCGGUGACGUACUACCGACGUCGUAUCGCCUCCUUUGGGAGUCCGGAGGAGGAUUCGUGGUAUCCCUUGAGGAAGAGCAACGAGCUCUGGGAGUGGGCAGAUCGGGUCCUGCCAUCCCAUCGAUCUCAGACCACAGGUCCUGUUGCGCUGGAGUAUCAAGCCUUGUUGGUGAACACCUUAGGCGCAUCACCUUGGGUUACCGUGCACCACUUGGCUUCGGACGACUACGUCCGCCAAGAGGCCACAUUUUGGCUCCAGCAGCUGCGGCCGGACGUGUCGGUCUAUGUGGAGCACAGCAACGAAGUGUGGAACCCUCUGUUCCCACAGGGACGCUUUGCCACACAAAAGGGUGUGGAGUUGGGCCUGGUGGAUUCGACGUGCAGAACGCCGGAGGCACAUUGUUCACGCGUCCGAUACAACGCCUACCGGUCUAAGCAGAUCUUCGAUAUCUGGACUGACGUUUGGAGCGGUCAACGCAGUCGUUUGAAGUAUGUCAUUUCAACGCAGGCUGUGUGGGCCGAUGUGACCAACGACUUGCUGUCGCAGAACAACGGCGCCGGAGCCGAUUUGUUGGGCAUCACGGGCUACAUGUCUCCGCAAGGUGGAAUUGAUCCCUCCUACUCCCCGCGAACGCCGGCGGAAGUCAUCGACCUCUUUACCCAGGGAAAAGAGUCCGCGCGCAGUUGGGUCAGGGCUCAGAAAGCCAUUGCAGAUGCCGCCGGUCUAGGUAUCACCUUUUACGAGGGAGGUGUGGGCCUGGUGGAGGAUGGCGUCAUUGAGGGUGGACUGGCCAUUGGAGCCAUCACCGAGUUGCUCAUGGCCACUGGCCGCACGCCGGCUUUCCAAAGUGCUGUGGAAGCGUGGCUGGACAUGUUCCGCGAGGAGUUGGGCGACUCAACACUUUUCAUGUACUUUGUGGACACGGGCUUUUGGUCCAAGUAUGGUCAAUGGGGUAACCGAGAGUACUAUGAUGCAGCCACUGCCACCUCUCCUGCCGCGGCGGCAGUCCACGCUUACCUGGACCGCCUCGCGGGCAGCCGCCCGGCCUGCGUCGCGGCCAAUUCCUUGGGACGGGGCCUGCCGCCCGACAGCUUCAUGGGGCCACCCGCGGUGUGGAAACCCGGGCGAGGAGAUCUCUUGGUGAAGGGCCAGCGGUACCAAGUCACCUGGGGAGAUCCCGAGCGUCUUCCAUCCGGCCUGGUGCUGGACUUCCACCUCUGGAAGACGAGUUCCUGUUCGGGCGAGGCAACGAUGACGGACGAACAUCUAGGUUUUGCGAAUGCGGCGACUGGGAAGUUUUCCUGGGAAGUUCCUUCAUCUCUGCAGGCGGGUGAUGACUAUUUUGUGGAGAUUCGAGCAAGAGCACCCGCAGCCAUGCCCAGCAACUAUAGCUCCUUCUUCUCGGUGAUCGACGUGGCAGACGCGCCUCCCACCUACGUGCUCUACGUGGAAAAUGACGUGGACCUACUCUCCGCAUUUCACCGAGACUGUAAGAAAGGCGAUGAAUGGGCCAUCCAACCACACUUCCGCAUCGGCUCCUGCACGUACAGUUCGGCUGAAGGCUGUCGGCAGUAUCGCACCUCCCGGGUGCACGAUGGGCCACCGCCCUAUCUACAUGGCUCCUUUUUGCCACUGAAAGACUGCACGUUGCACGUGGUGGGCUUGCGACAGACCAUGCAGUUGGAAGGCCUCACACGAGGUUUUGAUCUCACGGCAGAGGAUAACUUAGCCAAGGUGGUUGCCAAUGCCUCUCAGCUUCCACCUGGUGCUGUCAGCAUCAGCGUGGUGGGUGGCAACUUGGGACGGCGCCUGGCUGCCACCACUGGCACUGUGACGCUGGAGCUCAGCAUGAGCUCAGACGAUUCGCAGGUGGGCGCGGCAGCGCUGAGCCUGUCCAGUCUGUCCAGCAACACGCCGUUCCUGUCGCAGGCGUCCAGUGCCCUGGGCGAAAGCAGCCUCUCCGUGAGCGUCACCGGCAACCUCUCGGCCGUGGACGGGGCCUCGGCGGAGGUGGUGGAGCAGCUGAUGACCACCACCACCACCACCACCACCACCACCAGCAGCAGCAGCAGCAGCGAUGGCACGUCAUCGAGCGUUGAUGGGCAGACUACAAGCGGAGAUGAUUCUGGGACAACCAACGCUGGAACUACCACUGCUGGUCCAAGCGCCACACUGAGUGGAUCCUCGACAACCACAAUGGGGGAGACAAGCAGGACGACUGGCUUGGGACAAACAAGCUCCGCCCCAGCAAGCUCAACUGCGGGAGGGUCAGCGACGACAGAUGAACAGCCGACCACAACAGAUGAAUUUGAAAGUGGUACGUGGGCCAAUGCUGCAGCAAGACAGUUGGGAGAGAUGACACUGGGCUGUGCCGCGCUGGUGUGGCUCAUGGUGCUUUCUGCCGCUACAAGGCCAGAGUAGCCCUCAGCGGCCACGGCUGCGCACAACUUCAUCGCUGAAGCUUCAUUAGGAUCUAUCAACCAUUAUUUAAUAGGAU